GCGCGGAGAAGGCCGCCAUCCGCCCUGGAUUCGGGGGCGCCCUCAAAAGCAGCCUCUCCGCUGACGCACCCCCGUUCCCGCAGGGUAUCUGCUGCCCGCUGCAUUUGCGAUUCAUCAAUCCCUCGCCAAAUACCGCACAAGCCCACGAGAAUGCAGUCCGCCGAGCAAGUGGACUACUACGCAAUACUAGGCCUCUCUCGAUCUGCCAACCCAGAUGAAGUCAAACGAGCGUACCGAAAGGAGGCGCUGAGAUGGCAUCCAGACAAGAACACCGACAACCGCGAUGAGGCAGAGCAUCGGUUCAAGCUCAUAUCAGAGGCAUACGAGGUGCUCAAGGAUCCUGAGCAGCGACAGAUGUAUGACAGCUAUGGAAUCGAUGGUCUGAAGAACGGCCCCGCCAGCAACCAGCAGCAGUUCGGACGGGGUGGCUUCCGGCCUGGGUUCCAUCCCGGAUUCCAGUUCCACGACCCUCACGAGAUCUUUCGCCAAUUCUUUGGCGGAGUGGAUCCGUUCGCUCGAGCCUUCCGCGAUCCAUUCGGCCGCGACCCGUUCGGAUUCGAUGUCUUUGCCAAUGACCCGUUCUUCAGCCCUGGGGCAAGACCGCAGCAGGGCGGGGUGCCUGGCCAACAGCGAGGCGUUGCCGAUCCUUUUGCGAUGCACUCGCCCUUUGGCAGUCUGUCGAUGCACCAGCCCUUUGGCGGCUUCGUGAACGGAGGCAACGGCGGGUCGUCGUUCAUGUCCUUCAGCAGCACCAGCAGCUCCGGGGGCAACAACGGCGCAUUUAUGACCUCGAGCUCCUCCAGCACCACCAUCGUCAACGGCGAGAGGCGCACCGUAACCACCACGACCGAUUCAGCUGGGAACCAGACCGUCGAGACCCUUGUUCAGGACCGAAACGGACGGGUCACACGGGAGAUGGUCGUCAACGGCGUUCCCCAGGUCCUCGAAGACGGCGGCAGAAGCAAGUCCAAGGCCAUCCGCAGUCAGUAAAUCCAGAUCUAAGUCACAAGCAAGCAAGCACGCUCAGUCAGCCAGUAAUAGGACGGUCUCAUGGGAGACUCGCUUCCACGUAUAUGCUUCGAUAGCGAUCGCCAUAAUCGAUUCAGUGGUAUCCCAGCAUCGCCCAGCCGGUUGGCCAACUGCCCAACACCAGAGCAAAUCUUUGUCUGAACUAGCCAACCAGCCAACCAGCCAACC